ACACAUCAGAGUCAAAUACUUUCUAUAGAACAAACUUCUCGUCAGGAUAGUCAACCGAAAUUAAUAAUUUAUGUAUGUGUGUUAUAUUAAACAUAGAGGGAGUAAAAUGUAGGCAAGCAAUAAACAUUUCAGAACUACUAGUCGAAUAUGACAUGGAAAAGAUGACGAAUUUUGGCAGAGACUUAUUUAUAGACUAAUACACUUGAAACACAUAUCCACACUUAAAACUGCAGACAAUACUAGUGCCUCCCCCGCGAUCAAACCGAUAUAUAAAAAGAAACGCAGCCUAACGUGAUCAGAAAUCUUAACUACCAAGGUAGUCGCAAUAAAUAAUUGAGUGCGUGCGUGUUCACGCGAAGGGGGAAAACACCGGAAAUACUUUUUUUUUGCGGAGAGUAGUGUGCUUAAUUUUGGAUCAGUUAUCUAAUGUUUUCUCUUCAUUCGUGUUUUUGAUUUUGACAUAUCCUGCUUAUUUGGUGGAACGAUGUCGGUUGUACCUCCCAACCGACCUUCAACCGGUUGGCCACGCCGUGGACUGAACCAGUUCGAAAACAAAUACAUCAGCCCGCCUUCCAAACCUGUCACGCUGGAGAGAACCAUCAACUUAUAUCCCCUCACGAAUUACACGUUUGGCACAAAGGAACCUCUCUACGAGAAGGAUAGCUCGGUAGCGGCUCGGUUCCAGAGGAUGCGCGAGGAGUUCGAAAAAGUAGGCAUGAGGCGGGCAGUGGAGGGUGUUCUGAUCGUACACGAGCACCGGCUACCACACGUUCUACUGCUGCAGUUGGGGACAACCUUUUUCAAACUUCCUGGUGGAGAAUUGAAUGCAGGGGAGGACGAAGUGGAUGGACUGAAGCGAUUGAUGACAGAGAUCCUGGGGCGUCAGGAUGGAGUGAAGCAGGACUGGGUGAUCGAUGACUCUAUUGGAAACUGGUGGAGACCCAACUUUGAGCCCCCACAGUACCCCUACAUCCCAGCACACAUUACCAAACCCAAAGAGCACAAGAAGCUAUUUUUGGUUCAGUUGCAGGAAAAAGCACUGUUUGCAGUGCCCAAGAACUAUAAGCUGGUGGCUGCCCCUCUCUUUGAGCUGUAUGACAAUGCCCCAGGCUACGGGCCAAUCAUAUCCAGUCUCCCACAACUGCUGAGUAGGUUCAACUUCAUAUACAAUUAAAUCCUACUACUUGAAUGUGGCGACACAAGGACUGUCUCUGUGAGUUCAGUCUGGGCAGAAGAGAAUAGGCAAGCAGGAUUUCACUACACUUCUCUUAAAACAGAGUCCCCAGUGAUACUACACAUUUAAAUAUUGAUCUGGAUGUUUAGAAAAUAAGAGAAUGUAUUCAUCUUUCUGUGUCAACCUUUACAGAACUAUUACUUUGUGACAUGAAACAUUUUGUAGUCACACAAGUAUUGAUUUUCUAUGUUUGUAGAUGGGAGUUGACUGUUUUUAGAACAGUGCUUGUUUUAAAAAAAAAUCAUUAACAUACUACUUUGUCAUCUUUCAUUACUUUUUAAGGAAUUACCAAGGAGUUAUUUUAUUUUAAAUUAAAGAUGGCUUUAAAACAUAACUAAGAAACUGUUUCCCCUCUGACCAUAUUGCUGUUUCAAUACCAAUGGUAGGGUAGCUAUCACACCAGUCUAAACUAAAUGCAAUUGUUUGUCUGUUCCCAAUUAUCUACGCAUGUUCCUAUUUUCAUCAAUAGUGGUGUAUAGAAUGCUUUUCGUUGACAUUCAGAAGAGCAGAAGGAUAUCAAGGAUUCUGUAUCGAGGAAUGGUCCAAGAUCCCUCCCAACAUGUUCUCAAAUCUCAUAAAAAUACUGUUGUUAUCCUCGCAAGGGGAGGGUGCUAGAGUAUUCAAAACAGGGGUGCCAAUAAUUUAGACCUGUAUCUUUAAAAACAUAUAUUUGUUAAACAAUCUGUUAAAGCAUUCUAUAUUAGUAUAAAAUAUUUCACCAACAAAUCACAUUUUAUUGGUCAUGUACACAUGUUUAGCAGAUGUUAUUGCAGGUGUAGUGAAAUGCUUGUGUUCCUAGCUAUAACAGUGCAGUAGUAUCUAAAAACAAUUCACAACAAUACACAUCCAAAAGUAAAAGAAUGCAAUUAAGAAAUAUAAACAUUAGUUUGAGUGAUGUCAGAGUGGCAUUGAAUAGAAUACAGUAUAUGCAUAUGAGAUGAGUAAACGGUAUGUAAACAUUAAAGUGGCCAGUGAUUCCAAGUCUAAGGUGUCAGGUUGCGUAACCGGGUGGAAGCCGGCUAGUGAUGGCUAUUUAAGUCUGAUGGCCUUAAGAGAGAAGCUGUUUUUCAAUCUCUCGGUCCCAGCUCUAAUGCACCUGCACUGACCUCGCCUUCUGGAUGAUGGAGGGGUGAACAGGCAGUGGCUCGGGUGGUUGAUGUCCUUGCUCUUUUUGGCCUUCUUGUGACAUCGGGUGCUGUAGGUGUCCUGGAGGGCAGGUAGUUUGCCCCCAGUGAUGCGUUGGGCAGAACGCACCACCCUCUGGAAAGCCCUACGGUUGCGGGCGGAGGAGUUGCCGUACCAGGCGGUGAUAUAGCCCGAUAGGAUGCUCUCGAGUGUGCAUCUGUAAAAGUCUGAGGGUUUUAGUGGCCAAGCCAAAUUUCUUCAGCCUCCUGAGGUUGAAGAGGCGCUGUUGCGCCGCCUUCACCACACUGUCUGUGGGUGGACCAUUUCAGAUAGUCAGUGAUGUGUACGCAGAGGAACUUGAAGCUUUCCACUUCUCCACUGCUGUCCCGUCGAUGUGGAUAGGGGUGUGCUGUUUCCUGAAAACCACAAUCCGCUCCUUUGUUUUGUUGACGUUGAGUGAGAGGUUAUUUUCCUGGUAUCACUCUCCCAGUAUCCUUACCUCCUCCCUGUAGGCUGUCUCGUCAUUGUUGGUAAUCAGGCCUACUACUGUUGUCGUCUGUAAACUUGGCCACGCAGUCAUGGGUGAACAGGGAAUACAGGAGGGGGCUGUGCACAAACCCUUGUGGGGCCCCAGUGUUGAGGAUCAGUGAAGUGGAGGUGUUUCCUACCUUCACCACUUGGGGGCAGCCUGUCAGGAAGUCCAGGACCUAGUUUCACAGGGUGGGGUUCAGACCCAGGGUCCGAGCUUAGUGAUGUGCAAUCUUACAUAGGUAUUCCUCUAGUGCAGAUGGGAUAGGGCAGUGCGAUGGUGAUUGCAUCAUCUGUGGAUCUAUCAGGGGGGUAAGUGAAUUGAAGUGGGUCUAGGGUGUCAGGCAAGGUAGAGGUGAUAUGAUCCUUAACAAGCUUCUCAAAGAACUUUAUGAUGACAGAAGUGAGUGCUACGGGGCGAUAGUCAUUUUGUUCAGUUACCUUUGCUUUCUUGGGUACAGGAACAAUGGUAGCCAUCUUGAUGCAAGUGGGGACAGCAGACUGGGAUAGGGAGAGAUUGAAAAUGUCCGUAAACACUCCAGCCAGCUGGUCUGGUCUGGAGGACGUGGCUAAUGAUGCCGUCUGGGCCAGUAACCUUGUGAGGGUUAAUACGCUUAAAUGUCUUACAUUGUCUACGGAGGAGGAGAGCCCACAGUCCUUGGUAGCGGGCCACGUUGGUGGCAGGUUAGCGGGCGAAGAAGGUGUUUUGCUUGUCCGGAAAGCAAGACGACAGUGUCCACGACGUGGCUGGUUUUCCCUUUGUUGUCCGUGAUUGUCUGUAGACACUGCCACAUACGUCUCGUGUCUGAGCCGUUGAAUUGCAACUCCACUUUGUCUCUGUACUGACGUUUUGCCUGUUUGAUUGCCUUACGGAGGGAGUAACUACACUUUGUUCGGCCAUAUUCCGUCACCUUGCCAUGGUUAAAUGCGGUGGUUCACACUUUCAGUUUUGUGUGACUGCUGCCACCGUUUCUGGGUAGGGUAGGUUAUAAUUGUCACAGUGGAUACAUCUCCUAUACACAUCCUGAUGACCUCAGUCACUGUGUCUGUGUAUUCAUAAAUGUUAUUCUGAGGCUACCCAGAACAUCUUCCAAUCCUCGUGAUCAAAACAAUCUUGAAGCAUGGAUUCUGAUUGGUCAGACCAGCGUUGAAAAGACCCUAGCGAGGAUACUUCCUGUUUGAGUUUCUGCCUAUAGGAAGGGAGGAACAAAAUGGAGUCUUCAGUAGAUUUGCUGAAGGGAGGGCGAGGGCGGGGGAGGGCCUUGUAGGCAUUUUGAAAAGUUGAAUAACAGUGGUCCAAUGUUUUACCAGGGCGAGUACUAUAGUCAAUGUGUUGGUAGAACUAAGGUAGUCUUUUCCUAAAAUUUUCUUUGUAAAAAUCCCCAGCUACAAUAAAUGCAGCCUCGGGAUAUGUGGUUUCCAGUUUGCAUAAAGUCCAGUACAGAGACUUCUCUUUGGAUGUAAUAUGGUCGGCAUUUGAUUGAGGUAUUCUAGGUUGGGUGAACAAAAGGACUUGAGUUUCUGUAUGUUAUCACAAUCACACCAUGAGUGGUUAAUCAUGAAACAUACACCCCCGCCUUUCUUCUUCCCAGAGAAGUCUUUAUUCCUGUCUGCGUGAUGUACUGAGAACCCAGAUGGCUGAAUGGAGGGGGAUAGUAUAUCCCGAGAGAGCCAUGUUUCCGUGAAACAGAGUAUGUUACAAUCCCUAAUGUUUCUCUCGAAGGAGAUCCUUGCCCUGAGCUCCUUUACUUUUUUAUCCAGAGACUAAACAUUAGCGAGUAAUAUACUCCGAAGCGGUGGAGAGUGUGCACGCCUCCUGACUCGGACUAGAAGUCCACUCUGAAUACCUCUUCUCCGUCGGCGGCGUUUUGGAGCAGCCUCUGGAAUAAGUUCAAUUGCCCUGGGGGGUGCGAACAAAGGAUCCAAUUCGGGAAAGUCGUAUUGCUGGUCGUAAUGCUUGUGAGUUACCGCCGCUCUGAUAUCCAAAAGUUUUGAGGGAGAGGUUGUUGUCCUGGCACCACACGGCCAGGUCUCUGACGACCUUCCUAUAGGCUGUCUCGUCGUUAUCGGUGAUCAGGCCUUCCACUGUUGUGUCAUCGGCAAACUUAAUGAUGGUGUUGGAGUCGUGCCUGGCAGUGCAGUCAUGAGUGAACAUGGAGUGCAGGAGGGGACUGAGCAUACACCACUGAGGGGCCCCUGUGUUGAAGAUCAGCAUGGCGGAUGUGUUGUUACCUACCCUUACCACCUGGGGGCGGCCAGAGCUGGGCGAUAUGGCCAAAAUAUCAUAUAUAUAGAAAUAUAUAUAUAGAAAUAUAUAUAUAUAUAUAUAUGGUAUUUUUCUAAUUUGACGUGACCCUAGGGUGGCAACACAUAUUCUAAAUGAUUUCAAUGGGUUUUUAUCCAUUCUGAUUGUUUUAUACGGUUCAAUUAAACUUCAACCAAAAAUAAUUUCCUGCAUUUCCAUCAAUUUCUGCAUUUCCUGCAGUCAUUUGAUAUCAGAUCCACACUGCCACGAUAUGGGCAAAAAUAUUAGGCCUUAUUUUUUACCAAAUGUUUCAAUUGCAAUUUAGAUCAAAACACUUUUUUUGAACUUUUGGAAUCAUGGAAAUAGAAUGUUUGUUAUAAUAAUAGUGGGUACUUUGAAUACAGUCUUUGACAUGACAACGAAUGAAAAUGCCAUGGGCGAGUUAUUGUGACAGGGUAGGAACCAAAGUGAUUUUCAGUGUUUCCUAGAGGACCUUAUAAUCUUUGGCUACAUUAAAUCUUUAUUCAUAUAGCCAACAUAGUCAUGCUUCGCCUAUACUGUUGCACAACAUGCUGAUUUAAACCUCCACCAGUACUGGUAUCAAGCUGUAUUAGCUAGCUACGUUUGCUCUGACUCAGUACUUUUAUUAGCUAGUUAGUUAGCUAGCUAGCUAACUAGUGAUUAGCAUUAGUGUCUAAUACGAUUUAGCAAAACUUGCAAAAAAAAUACAAACUAGCUGUUUGCAGAUGUAAAAACCACAAACUAAUAUUGUAAUUAUAGAACGCUUGUGGAUUUAUAUUAAGACCAAAGUGGAAACAACAUCAUCAUCAACAUUGUUGCAUGUACUGCAUUGACCAUGCAGACGGAACGAAAGUGUCUCAUGGUCAAGCAACAACAAAUGUGCUCCUUGAGUGACUGGGUGGGACUAGGUCUGUGUGGAAGGUGGCAUGGAGAGAGAGCCGAGAGGGAUGACUUAAAUAGCGGAGUAAGCUAUAAAAAUGGAUGUUUCACAUGGCGUAUCACAUUUAACAAACCAAACAUUCAAAUAAUGUUAUAGAAGGUAAAGUAAAACCCAAACCGGUCCGUGCAUAAAUACCGAUAUAUAGUAAAAUACGGUAUACCGCCCAGCCCGAUCAGGGACUAUGGUGGUCUGCUUGAAACAUGUUGGUAUUACAGACAGGGAGAGGUUGAAAAUGUCAGUGAAGACACUUGCCAGGUGGUCAGCGCAUGCUCGCAGUACACAUCCUGGUAAUCUGUCUGGCCCUGCGGCCUUGUGAAUGUUGGCCUAUUUUAAAGGUCUUACUCACUCCGGCUGUCGUCCGGAACAGCUGUUGCUCUCAUGCAUGUUUCAGUGUUAUUUGCUUCAAAGCGAGCAUGGAAGUAGUUUAGCUCAUCCGGCUCAUGUCACUGGGCAGCUCUCGGCUGUGCUUCCCUUUGUAGUCUGUAAUAGUUUGCAAGCCCUGCCACAUCUGACUAGCGUCGAAGCUUAUGUAGCACGAUUCGAUCUUAGUCCAUUGUUGACGCUGUGCCUGUUUGAUGGUUCGUCGGAGGGCACAGCGGGAUUUCUUAUAAGCUUCUGGGUUAGAGUCCCGCUCCUUGAAAGCGGCAGUGCUAGCCUUUAGCUCAGUGCGGAUGUUGCCUGUAAUCCAUGGCUUCUGGUUGGGGUAUGUACGUAUGGUCACUGUGGGGACGACGUCAUCAAGGCACUUAUUUAUGAAGCCUGUGACUGAUGUGGUGUACUCCUCAAUGCCAUUGGAAGAAUCCUGGAACAUAUUCCAGUCUGUGCUAGCAAACGGUCCUGUAGUUUAGCAUCUGCUUCAUCUGACCACUUAUUUUAUUGACUGAGUCACUGGUGCUUCCUGCUUUAAUUUUUUCUUGUAAGCAGGAAUCAGGAGGAUAGAAUUAUGGUCCGAUUUGCCAAAUGGAGAGUCAUGGAGAGCUUUGUAUUUGUUUCUGUGUGCGGAGUAAAGGUGGUCUAGAGUUUUUUUUUUUUUCCCUCUGGUUGCACAUUUAACAUGCUGAUAGAAAUUUGGUGAAACGGAUUUAAGUUUCCCUGCAUUAAAGUCCCCAGCCACUAGGAGCGGCGCCUUUGGAUGAGCAUUUUCCUGUUUGCUUAUGGUGGAAUACAGCUCAUUGAGUGCGGUCUUAGUGCCAGCAUCGGUUUGUGAUGGUUUAUAGACUGCUACAAAGAAUAUAUAUGAAAACUCUUGGUAAAUAGUGUGGUCUACAGCUUAUCAUGAGAUACUCUACCUCAGGCGAGCAAAACCUUGAGACUUCCUUAUCGUGCACCAGCUGUUGUUUACAAAUAUACAUAGUCCGCCCCCUUUAUCUUAACAGACGCCACUGUUCUAUCCUUCCGAUACAGCGUAUAUCCAGCCAGCUGUAUGUUGAUAAUGUCGUUGUUCAGCCAAGACUCCGUGAAUAAUAAGAUAGAUUAAACUACCAACGGGACAUUAAAAACUUUGAUUUUAUUUUCCAAUGAUUGCAAGUUUGCUAGUAGAACGGAAGGCAAUGGGGGUUUAUUUGAUCGCCUACGAAUUCUCAGAAGGCAGUCUGACCUCAGUCCUCUUUUUCUUGGGCUUAUCUUCACACAAAUGACAGGGAUUUGGGCCUGUUCCCGGGAAAGCAGUAUGUCCUUCACGUCGGGCUUGUCAGACUCGUUAAAGGGAGAAAAAAAAAGCUUCUGCCAGUUCGUGGUGAGUAAUUGCUGUUCUGAUGUCCAGAAGUUAUUCAUAAGAGACUGUAGCAGCAACAUUAUGUACAGAAUAAGUUUUUUUUUAAAGAUUUAAAAAAGACAAACAACGCAAAAAAAACCGAAGGAAAAAAAAAACAGUUGGUUGGGAGCACUUCAAACGUCAGCCAUCUUUUCCAUCGCCAUGAUACCAUCAAGACACAGAAUCAAGGCAAAGCAUAAUCAAGACAAGGAAUCAGAGUCAACCCAACUUCACAAAUGCAACUUCAGAUCUCCAUUGCAGUUCAACUCAUCAGAUUAGUGUGAGCAUUGCAGUAGCUUCGUGCGGGGCAAGUGAUGAUCAGACAGGUUCUUUGGCAGAAUACAUGUGUGUUUGUUUUUUUGUGUUAUAAAUUAGUGUUAUUACUUACACAUCUUUUAUGAUUAGAAGUAUGUAAGGAUACAUUGUGGUUUUUGCAAUGAAUUUCCUUAACUCAUUAAUGUUGAAAAAAAGUCCCCUCCCCUGCCUUAUGCCACCACGAGCCUGGCAGUAGGUUUCUGCACUUGUCCUUGUCGCAUGCGUCUUCCCACCUGCGCCAGGCAGUGAGUUCUAAAUAAAUACCCGUUUUUUUGGUUGUCUGCACUACAGACUGCUAUAUCGGUCCGCUAAGGUUAUUUGAUGUGUAGUAUUUUGUGAUUGCUAGUCAAAUGUAGGCCAGUGUGGUUUGUCUCGACAUUUAUAGCUCUCGGUCUCUCAAAAGACAGACCACCUUCACCUCCUUCUGCUCAAUCCUUGUGCUAUUGACUGUGUUCCAUGUGUUUGAGGCUUGAAGUACUCAACCUUGUAGUCCAGACCUAUACUCAUGACAUUCAUAUUUUUUAUUGAGUUUUUUUUUGCUUUUUCAGAGCCGAGAGAUUUGUUCACUUGUAUGUGCUGUGUACUGCAAUUCAGCUUUCAGCUGCCAAGUACGACCUACUUGUAAAAUUUGAAUAAACUACUACUACAAAAAAAGU